GCCCCGCCCGCCGCGGUGGCCGUCCGGGGGCGACACGUCCUGGGAGCGCCGGACGGAAGCGCCGCUGGGACUGACACGUGGCCUUGGGCGGCGCUGCCCGCGUGGGUCGGCCCGGCCGGGAGCCGGCUCCGGACACGCUGCGCCCGCGUACGUGCGCGCCCGAUGCAGCCGCCCCCGGACGAGGCCCGCAGAGACGCGGCCCAGGACACCCAGUGGUCCAGGCCCGAGUGCCAGGCGUGGACGGGGGCACUGCUGCUGGGCACGUGCCUGCUGUACUGUGCCCGCGUCAGCAUGCCCGUCUGCUCCGUCUCCAUGAGCCAGGACUUCGGCUGGAACAAGAAGGAGGCCGGCAUCGUGCUCAGCAGCUUCUUCUGGGGCUACUGCCUGACUCAGGUCGUGGGCGGCCACCUGGGGGACAGGAUCGGGGGUGAGAAGGUCAUCCUGCUGUCAGCCUCUGCCUGGGGCUUGAUCACCGCGGCCACCCCACUGCUCGCCCACCUUGGCAGCACCCACCUCGUCUUCAUGACCUUCUCUCGCAUCCUCACGGGCUUGCUCCAAGGCGUUUACUUCCCUGCGCUGACCAGCCUGCUGUCGCAGAAAGUGCGGGAGAGCGAGCGAGCCUUCACCUACAGCACUGUGGGGGCCGGCUCCCAGUUCGGGACGCUGGUGACGGGGGCCGUGGGCUCCCUGCUUCUGGACUGGUACGGCUGGCAGAGUGUCUUCUAUUUCUCCGGCGGGCUCACCCUGCUGUGGGUGUGUUACGUGUACAGGUACCUGCUGAGUGAACAAGAUCUCCUCCUGGCCCUGGGCGUUUUGGCACAAGGCUUGCCGACGUCCCGGCACACCAAAGUUCCCUGGAGACAGCUCUUCCGGAAGCCUUCUGUCUGGGCAGUCGUCUUCUCCCAGCUCUCAUCGGCGUGCUCCUUCUUCAUCCUCCUCUCCUGGCUGCCGACUUUCUUUAAGGAGACAUUCCCCAGCUCCAAGGGCUGGGUCUUCAAUGUGGUGCCCUGGCUGGUGGCGAUUCCCGCCAGUCUGUUCAGCGGGUUUCUGUCUGAUCAUCUCAUCAAUCAGGGUUACAGAACCAUUACCGUGCGGAAGUUCAUGCAGGUGAUGGGCCUCGGCCUGUCCGGCGUUUUCGCCCUGUGUUUGGGCCACACCUCGAGCUUCUGUAAGUCUGUGGUCUUUGCGUCGGCCUCCAUCGGCCUUCAGACCUUCAACCACAGUGGCAUUUCUGUUAACAUCCAGGACCUGGCCCCGUCUUGUGCCGGCUUUCUGUUUGGUGUGGCCAACACAGCUGGGGCCUUGGCAGGUGUCGUGGGCGUGUGCCUGGGCGGUUACCUGAUAGAGACCACCGGCUCCUGGACAUCUGUGUUCAACCUGGUGGCCGCCAUCAGCAGCCUGGGGCUGUGCACCUUCCUGGUGUUCGGACAGGCCCAGCGUGUGGACCUGAGCCCCCCCCACGAGGACCUCUAGUUUCCCGGACCCCACAGGCCCCAAGACCCAGCGCCAUCAGCCGUGGGGCCAAGGGCUCAGCUGAAGAACGUCUUGCUCUCUACCCCAGAUGUGUGAGCAGAGGAGAGAGCGAGC